UGUGAAAUUUGCGGUGGGCUAAAACCAUAACAACUUUCUUGUUUCCUAUUUGAUUUUGGAAAUAUCCUUAAUAGCUCAGUAGUUUAUUAAUCCUGUACAGAAUUAUGAUUUAUCAUUCUCUUAUGCAAUAAUUAAUGUUGAUUUUUCCUAUCAUACUCUGCAAUACAAUCCCUCUGUACACUUGAAACAUCAAAAUAACUAAAAAAAAGAAAAGAAAGACAUACAACUGGGCCCCUUUAUUGAUAGACAGUGGAAAAAAACGAUAUAUAUUAAUGCAAGCUUUUUUUUUUCAUGAAAUAUCUAUGUGGGGAAAAUUUGUUUUUUUAUCCAAUCGAUCACAAAUUUUAUUCAGUGCUGAUUUAAAAAUACGUUAUUAAUCCUCAACAACAUCUUAGUUAUUAUCUGAGUACUUUUUGGAGUUCAUAGCGAUGGGUAGGAAGUACUAGUACUGUUAUGAAGAGGAAAUUUAUUUUAUUUUUUUUAAAUAUUUUUUUAUCAUCUUUUUUACUUUUUUUAUCGUUUUUCCAGAUCUUAUAAUAAAAUGAUCAGAGUGGGAUUUUAAGACAAUACAAUGAAAGAAAAAUCAAUAUAAUUAUUAUAUAUAUUUUUUUGUCCUUCAUUUUUUUUUCUAAAUGUAAUUAACUACUGAUAAAAUAGGACAAAAGAUAAGAAAAGAAUAAUAAAAUGUACUUUAUAUAUGAAGUAUAAGAUGCUAAAUUACCAGUAAAAAAGCAGUUCUAAAAAUAUGGGUGACCGUCUCUCCAGAACCAUCACCGAAUGACCCAAACCAGACAACUUUGACCGAUAAUAACCCCACUGACGUCCCAGUUGCCCCAAACACGCGCCACCCUCAAACCUCCAAUCACAGAUCGAAAAUCCAGUGACGUCAAACAAUGACUUCCGGGCUGGCAGCAGUGGCCCGGUAAUUCUCAGAUUUACGAUUUGACAUUGGUUUUGUUUAGAUUUGUAAGUUUUAUUUUUCCCCCUUAAAUUAUAAACUUAAACUUAAUGCCGAUAUAUUUCCAAAGGUGUGUUUAAAAGGAUUAAUACCCUCCAGUCCAUGCAACAGCGACGCAGACAUAGCGGUUUUAAAAAGAGGCCAUUUUUUGAUGCAUAAUAGAGCAACAACCUGCAUUCUUUACUGUUGACAACAGUGAAACAUUUCUGCAAAGAAAAGACUUUAGAGCUCGAGCCCAAAAUCUACUUGAAAGAUGAAGAUGAAGGAGGACAUCAACCCAGUGCUGCUACAAGUCUUCCGCUCUGUAGUCUGGGUCUACUCGGUUAUCACCUUCCUCCCCUGGUACUUCUUCUCCGGGACUGGCACUAAUUUGGAGCGAGCCCGACGAAUCAAGGCACGUUCCGUAAGCGGACACCCAGCUGGACCUUACAGAGCCAUCAACAGCCAAGAGAAGUUGGCCGCGUUGUUGGAACCCGGGGUGAACACCCUGGACAAGAUGUUCGAAUAUGCGGCCAGGAGGUUUCCAAUGAGAGACUGUCUGGGCACCAGGGAGGUGCUCAGUGAGGAAGAUGAGCUCCAACCUAAUGGGAAGGUGUUCAAAAAGGUCAUUUUAGGGAACUAUAACUGGCUUUCAUACGAAGAAGCUUACCUGACAGCGAAGUGCUUUGGCAGUGGUCUGGCCGCUCUGAAUCAGCGACCUCACUGCAACAUCGCCAUCUUCUGCGAGACUCGAGCCGAGUGGCUCGUGGCAGCGCAAGCCUGUUUCAUGUACAAUUUUCCGCUUGUGACGCUCUACGCCACCUUGGGGCUCAAGGCCAUCGCUCACGGCCUCAACGAGACGGAGGUGACCCACAUCAUCACGAGUAAAGACCUGCUGCAGAGCCGACUCAAGGCCAUUCUGUGUGAUGUACCCCGGCUCCAGUACAUUAUUGUAGUGGACCCUAAACCCACAAGCUGGCCAGACAUCCCCAGGAGCAUCAUGGUCUACAACAUGGAUGCUGUGAAGGAGAUGGGAUCCAAGCCAGAAAAUAUCGCAGCGGACCGCAGACACCCUCAGCCUUCGGACAUCGCUGUCAUCAUGUACACCAGCGGCUCCACGGGCCUCCCCAAAGGUGUCAUGAUCUCCCAUGGCAACCUGAUUGCUGGCAUCACAGGCAUGGCUGAGCGGAUCCCAAAUCUCAAUGAGACAGACACCUACAUCGGCUACCUACCACUGGCCCAUGUUUUGGAGCUCAGCGCAGAGCUGGUUUCCAUUUCUCACGGCUGUCGUAUCGGUUAUUCAUCCCCUCACACUCUGGCUGAUCAGUCCACCAAGAUUAAGAAAGGCAGCAAAGGGGAUGCUAGUGUCCUGAAGCCCACUCUCAUGGCUUCUGUACCAGAGAUUAUGGAUCGAAUUUACAAAAAUGUAAUGACCAAAGUGGAGGAAAUGAGCAAACUCCAAAAGACGCUCUUUGUGUUGGCUUACAACUACAAGAUGGAGCAGAUAUCCAAAGGUUACAGUACGCCUCUCUGUGACAGUUUGGUUUUCAAACGCGUGCGCUCUCUGUUGGGAGGAAACACACGGGUGCUGCUUUCCGGCGGCGCCCCGCUGUCGGCUGCCACGCAGCGCUUCAUGAACAUCUGCAUGUGCUGCCCUGUGGGGCAGGGCUACGGCCUGACGGAGACCUGUGGAGCUGGCACCAUUAGCGAGAUUUGGGACUACAACACUGGACGAGUUGGCGCUCCCCUGGUUUGCUCAGAAAUCACCCUGAAGGACUGGGAAGAGGGGGGUUACUACAGCACAGACAAACCCAACCCAAGAGGAGAGAUUUUGAUCGGCGGGCCAAACGUUGCAAUGGGUUACUACAAAUACGACGGCAAGAACCAAGGAGACUUCUUUGUGGAUGCAAACGGGCAGAGGUGGUUCUGCACUGGAGACAUUGGAGAAUUCCAUCCGGACGGAUGCCUCAAAAUCAUCGAUCGCAAGAAAGACCUUGUAAAACUGCAGGCGGGUGAAUAUGUUUCCCUCGGAAAGGUGGAGGCUGUUCUGAAGAAUUGUCCACUGAUUGACAACAUCUGUGCCUACGCCAACAGUGACCAAUCGUAUGUGAUUAGCUUCGUGGUGCCUAACCACAAGCAGCUGAUGGCGGUGGCGGAACAAAUGCAAAUAAAAGGCACAUGGGAGGAUCUGUGCAACAAUCCACAGAUGGAGAAAGAGGUUCUCCGCAUCAUCACUGAGGCUGCCAUCACAGGCAAACUGGAGCGAUUUGAGAUUCCCAAGAAGAUCCGUCUGAGUGCCGAAGCCUGGACACCAGAGACCGGUUUGGUCACCGACGCUUUCAAACUUAAGCGGAAGGAGCUGAAAACACACUAUCAGGAAGACAUAGAGAGAAUGUAUGGGGGGAAAUAGUAAACGAGAAGCACAUUCAACUUGAGCAUGUAAACAAAAAGCUCAAUCCAAACUGAACUUUCCUGAGAGGACUUGUAUGUUAGUUACAGGUAAAACAUUAUCAGUAGAAACUCCUGUUCCUCAUCUCCUCUGUAACCAGCGACCAUCCAAGCAGCAAUCUGGAAGGCAGCUUCAUGCUUUAGUUCAAGACCCAGAGGCAGGAAGGACCUUCACUAACAACUGAGCCAGUCAUCCCGCUGUGACAAACUAACAAUUCGGAUGGAUUUAGCCUUCUGAGGACCAAAGCGGCUCCUGACGUUGGAGCUUCUGUUCUUCCUCGUCAGAGUUCUUUCUCCCUGUAAAGCUCGGCUGUGGACGCGAGGAGCAGACGCUCGGCAGGGAUGUUGGUAGCAUUAGCCUCCUGCUCAGAAGUGACUUUCAGGUUCUGCAGGGAUCUUGAUUGUGUCUCUCCUUUUUUUUUAAUAUAUAUAUAUAUAUAUCUGCGUUGAAAUGUUUCACUCAUGUUGGGUUCGUCAGCUUUGGAACCCAUUUUUGAAGAUUUCUCUGUUGCGAAGCCAUGAGAGAUUGAGGUUCUGAGCUUCAUUUUUUUUACCAUUUUUGAAACUAGUUUGUUUUUCUUCUUUUUGUAUGCUUUUAUAUUUCUUUCUGGUCAUGCUAAUUGUGCUUUGUUUACAUUUUUUUUUAAAAUGCUGUCUUUCUUUUCUUAUGUUCCAAAUUUGCUCAUUUGAGUUCAUGUUUACUGACUUGAUUCUCUUAACUCCACAUCCUGCAGCGGACGGUAAACAGGUUUUAUUGACUGAACAUUGUUCCAUCAGUGACUUGUAAAAGCCCAGGUAUGUAUUCCUCCAUGUAUGACCAAUGAACUACAUAAAUGUCUUUAAGGGAACUUGGUUUACUGUAGUAAAAUAGCUACAAUAGUCUGUAUUUCUUCCAGGAACUUAAGGAGGCAGAUGUUAUUCUAUUUACUAUAGAUCUAGUUACUGUUGCUUUGAUCCUUUUAUUUUUACAGAUAUGAAAUAAAAAUAAAACUGAAUGUGCAAUAUUUAUACUAAGUGUAGGAAAUUGCAGCCGACAGUUCCGCUGUGGUGUGUUCAUAUUUAAGCCUCUUGCUUGUAUUAAGUAGUGGCUUUGUAGAAAAGGUAAAUAGACACUGAUGAGGAUAUUUUACAAUAAAAAACGUGAGGUAAGAAGCAUUUUUUUGCAUGAUGAAAAGCGUGCGACUGUGUACCAAAGCACCUGUACUGAAGAGAAAACUGCACUUGAGCAAGUGAAGAAAUAGUUAUGGAUGAUAGAGAAAAAAAAAGAAAUCACCUCACUGAUUGCAACUAACGUGUCUGUAUAUUUCAAACAAUUUUUUUGUGUAUAACACUGUAUGUGCAAUGUAUAUAAAGGAAUCUUAUCACCUGCUAGUUAUUUGAACUCCUGUAAAAAUCAUGCGUUGAUGGAAGAAGGUUUUCAAAGUUGUGAUAUUUAUUGACUGGCAGCACAAGGAGAAACUUUUGUUUUUUCUUCGUUGAAAUAAAUGCUUGUUUUGAGGCGGACAUCUUUUUUCCGUCAUCUUUUCUCAAAACAAAAUGACUAAAGGUACUUUUAAUAACCCUUUAACACCUAAAAACACAAAAUCUUUAACAUACUGUAACUUUUCAACCAUUAAAUGAUAAUUCCAGUAGAUUCUGAAGGAGAAUUGUGGCAUUUUUCAGCCAGCUAGCUAAUGAGCUAGCCAGCUAGCUAGCUCAUUAGCUAGCUGGCUAGCUAAAACCACUUUUCUCUUUUAGAAUUAUUGGUUAACGGUUGAAAAUUUACAGUAAAUCAAAGAACAUAAACAGCUGCUAGCUUUAGUUUACUAACAUUUAAUCAUUUAAAAUCUUGACAUUUUAGAGAUUUUUUUUUUUUGGUUUUCGUUUGCCUGUUCGUAGGCGGCUAGUGGCCUUCUAACCCACAAGCUUCUGUCGGAGCUCUUAACACUCCAAUGAGAGCUGCCAUUUUUUCAUUCCUUUUUUCUGUAAAUAGGUUAGCUCUUUCUGUACACCUCCUUUAAACAUAUUUAAGAAUGUCUUCUUUUGAUUUUUUACUUUUUGUGUGAAAUAGGAAGCUGGGAGGGGCUUCUUUUGUUUUGUGUGUGGUGACAUACCACUUUAUUUAUCUGUGAUUUGGCCUUGGAUCAUAUGUAAUGCAAAUUAAAAGAUAAUAAUAAAUUAAAAAAAUAACAAA